AAAACGCGCGACGCGAACGCUCUACAGACGGCCCGCCAACGCAAAAUGAUCCUCACAAACUGCGCCGCCUGCGCCGCCCCACUGGCCCACGACGCGCCGCGAUGCGUACGCUGUAAAACGCGCUAUUGUAACGCCACUUGCCAGCAUGACCACUGGCGCCGCGGCCACAAGCAGAUCUGUAAACGAAUACACCGCGGCGGCAACGCAGAACACUAUCACGCCGACAAAAAAUACAAGGAGGCCGUCGCGGUCGCGGUCGAGGCCUGCGCCGACGACACGAAGGGCCAGACGUGCUUCAUCUGCACUCAGGCGCUCCACUGGAAGACGAAGGAGGGUCUCGUGCGCGGGUGUGCAUGCCGCGGGACGGCGGGCGUCGCGCAUGUUUCGUGUCUGGCGGAGCAGGCGAAGAUUUUGGUCGCGGAGGUCGAGGAGAAUAAUUUGGGAUUCGAUGCGCUGAAUGGGAGGUUUGAGCGGUGGCACACGUGUAGCCUGUGCGAACAAUAUUACCACGGCGUCGUGCGGUGCGCGCUCGGGUGGGCGUGCUGGAAAACGUACUUGAGUCGGCCGGAGACGGACUCGAGUCGGCACUUGGCGAUGCAACAGCUUGGGAACGGUUUACACAAUGCAAAACGCCACGAGGAAGCGCUGUCCGUGCAAGAGGCCGAGUUGGCUAUGAUGCGGCGCCUUGGCGAUUCAGAAUUCAACAUACUCAUCGCGCAGAACAAUCUUGCGGGCACGUAUCAAGUUGUUGGGCGGGCUGAAGAGGCCUCAAACAUGUUUCGAGACAUUUACUCCGGACGUUCAAAGUUAGUGGGCGAGGACCAUCCGAAAACCCUUCUAGCAGCCUGCAACUACGCGGACAACCUUCGCGGUCUAGGGCGCUUCGAAGAAGCCAAGUCACUGCUACGCAAAACGAUACCCGUGGCGCGGCGCGUUCUCGGCGAGAAUAAUGACAUCACGCUCUCGAUAAGGUCCGUUUACGCGCAAGCGCUCUGCACGGACGACUCCGCCACGCUCGACGAUCUCCGCGAAGCCGUGACGACGCUGGAGGAGACGGCACGGACCGCGAGACGCGUGCUUGGUGGCGCGCAUCCCCUCACAUUGAAUAUUGAGGGCUGCCUGCGAUACACGCGAGCCGCGCUCCGCGCCCGCGAGACGCCGUCGCCGGGGAACGCCUAG